ACAUGGCAGAGUCAUGUCAAAAGCCUCGUCGUGUGGAAAGGAGUAGAGAAGUACAACCUGCACUGAGUGGGGACUGCCAUGUAUGCUUCACACAGGCCCAGUCACUGUUGGGCCAGGGCCGGACAUAAGAGGCAUAAUCCUUUGAUGGAAGCUCUGAGUUGAAGACACAUCUCCAACUUCUGGCCCAACAGUGCCGAUCAAUGUAAUGUAACCAAGCUCUGGCGCGCUGCUAUGAUAGUGCAGAGAUUAGACAAAUAGAGAAUGAAGAGAUUCCUUGCCUCGAUCAUGGUCGGGUGCAACUGUUCAGUGACAUCAUCUCACCUUAUGUAACCCCAUUUUUCUCAAGAAUUUUUGCCUCAAAUUGCGAAGCCCGACAUGGAUCACUAUUUGAUCGGAAUUUCAGGAAACUUGACUCGAUGUUCCAGAUCUCUUUAAAGGCAACAUUAACAACCUCCAUAUCUCAAUAUAUAACUCUUCUACUUGCUCAAACUGGUGCCUCAUCUUCUACCUCCAAGUUGACUCUAGCAACUGCAACUGUUGUCUUGACCGAACUCUCUGCUGACCUUGACUCUGCUCUCCAAAAUACAUCCGAGCCGAAUUUGGAUUGUAGUCAACUCUGAUCUCCAGUCGUGCAAGUAAGUACAAGUAUGCUGUCAGUUCGAUUUCAGCAGCCAGAUCUGACAUUGGAAUCCAAGCAUACUUGUCCAUGUACAUUACUCAUACCCCUUGGAAGUAGAUUUUAGAAAUGGAUGAGAGAAAGCCAAUGAAGAUGCUUCUCUCUCAAUGUUGUGGAGAACUCAAUGAAGACUGUGGAUGACUGAGCAUUUAGUUGAUUUGCAUCGAGUUGUGAGACGGUCUGAAUAAUACAGACCGGUUCAGUCCUCAAGGGGCCUAGAUAUUAGGAGAGGACAUCAUCAUUCUGCACAUUUUCACGAUGCUGAUUGAGUUUGAUGUUGUAAGCUGAUAAGAUAUCUGCUGUCAUCAGGACACAUGGAGGAACAUGGCUGAGCAGCUGCAAGCUUGAAUGUACUUACAAGGCAUUUCAAGCCAGCGAGAGUCACAAUGCCAAUGCCAAGCACAAGUUUGAGGUGGACCUGCCUUACUCUGCUGUGCAUAUCCGUACUUCACUGUGCUCGGGCCGCAAAUUGCACUGCCAGCGAUUCAGCCGCAUUGCUCGACUUCAAGAAUGGUUUCUCGUGUCAAGAUAUCAACAAUCCUGGCCUUGUUUGCCAAUUCGACACUUGGGUUCCUGGCACAGACUGCUGCAAUAGUUGGAGCGGUGUGACUUGUGAUGCUACCGGCCAGGUGACAGACAUUUCGGUCUUUGGUUUCUGGAAUGGCGACCUCACCUUCCAAAUUCACCAAUCUGCUCCUGCAAGCACCUUCAUGACGCAGCUGCCCCGACUCAAGGCUCUGGAAAGCAUCGACAUCCAAUUCGCCAGAUUCGGCGACGCAGAGCUGCCCAAAGUGUGGGGUCAAAUCGCCAAACUCAAACACAUCAACAUCGUGGGAGUUGCCGGUUUCACAGGCGAGAUUCCCAAGGAGUUUGGCAACCUGAGCAAUCUGGAGGUUUUUCACUGGGACACUAUGGUGCCAACGACUUUGGGCCCAGGUUUGAGUGACUCCAAAGGCAUACCCAAGGAGCUCUGCAAACUGCACAAGCUGCGCGAAUUUUAUGUCUUCCUCCUCCCAAACUGGUCUGGAACUUUACCCGACUGCAUCGACGGAUGGACCAGCAUCCAGAGCAUUACUAUCAACAAUGGUGAUCCUGAUAGCUACGGGGAAGUUUUAAACACAGGCGGAUUGACUGGACCCCUCCCCUCAAAUCUCGGUAAGCUGAAGACCUUGACAUAUCUCAGUCUCGUCGGGAACAAGUUCACCGGGAGCAUUCCCAAGUCAUUUGGAAGCCUAUCGAAUCUGAGAACCCUUCGACUCAACAACAACCGACUGAGUGGUGCUAUCCCUUGGAAGGAGCUGUCGCAGCUGAAGUUCCUCGUGACACUCGAUCUCAAAAUCAACAAUUUCCACGGAACACUUCCACCGUUGACUCCAAAUUGCUUCCAGAACCUCGAGUACCUCGAUGCUAGCAACACCAGCAUCUGGGGUGAACUCCCUCGCCGCAUUCUCGAUCUGCCCAUGAUCGGCACCCUCAAGUUCCGCCACGUCCGUCUCUGGGGAUGGAUUCCGUCGGCCACUUUCAUGAACGCCUCGCGUGCAGAUUUCAAUUUCGAUUUCUCCUACAACUUCCUGUCCGGGCCUCCACCCAAGCUUCCAGGGCCCACAGGCGUUUUCAAAGCUCCACACAACAAGCUGUCUACCAGCAUUCCUGCUGCUUACGGCAGCCUUUACACUCUGGACCUCUCUUUCAAUCGUCUAACAGGGAGAGUUCCAGCAGCUGUUUUAGCUGUGAACUCCCUCAGCUUGGACGGCAACAACUUCACCAACUUUCCGUAGCGCACAACUCAAACGCUUCUGACUGGAAUAUUGCUCAGUAGAUCUGAUCCUAACGUUGUCUGUAUUGAUAGCACAACUCCUAACUCGAUUGAAUGAUAGAAAGAAUAUAUAUCCAGUCUACAUGUGAGACUUGAAUUGAGUCUCAAAGUCAAGAGGUGGCUAGUUGUGAAACAUAGUCGAAGUACAACAUAGUUGUGAAAGCAUAAAAUUCUCAAGAUAAAGAGACUUGAUGUGAACAAUCAUCUUCCCUUGGCUAGAUCGAACAGGGAAUGUGACGAUAGGUGUUACCACAGUUACCAUAUCAAUUACGAAAGAAUUCAGAUGUUACGAAAAUUAAAUUUAUGAAUGGGUUUGUUUAUUAGAAUGCAAACUAGAUGUACACAACAGCAUGGAAUAUGAUUCUCACCUUUCAGUAGUAGAAUAUACUGAU